AUACAGCUUGCCAAAGAAGCAGUGUCGUGGUUGGCAGCAUUUCCAUUUCCAUUUCGGUUGUCAUUCCAUCAUUCUCUCUUUCCUUUCUUGCUCUUGUAUGUAUGUCAUUUCUCUUACACUUGCAUUCUUUUAAAGGACCAAAUCUGUGCCUACCUCUCUAGGGUUUUCCAUUUGAGUAAUUAAAGAAAAAAAUGUCGCAACCAUAUGGGAAAUUAAUGCCUAAUUUGGACCAACAGAGCACCAAGCUCCUCAAUCUAACUGUCCUCCGUCGCAUUGAUCCUUUCGUCGAGGAAAUUCUCAUCACCGCCGCUCAUGUCGCUUUCUACGAGUUCAACAUCGACCUUAGCCAAUGGAGCCGAAAGGACGUCGAAGGAUCUCUUUUUGUUGUCAAGAGGAAUACGCAGCCUAGGUUUCAGUUUAUUGUGAUGAAUCGACGCAACACUGAUAAUUUGGUGGAAAAUCUAUUGGGAGAUUUCGAGUAUGAAGUUCAGGAUAAAUAUCUACUAUACCGCAAUGCUUCUCAGGAAAUAAAUGGUAUUUGGUUCUAUGACGCACGUGAACUUGAGGAGGUUGCAAACCUUUUUAGCAGGAUUCUUACUGCAUACUCAAAGGUGCCCCAGAAGGCAAAGGUAACAUCAACAAAAGGCAGUGAGUUUGAAGAACUGGAGGCUGUCUCAACAAUAGCCAUUAUGGAUGGUCCUAUGGAGCCACCAUCAUCGACUGCAUCUAAUGCUGAUGGCCCUGAUGAUCCUGCAUUUGUGAAUUUCUUCAGUGCAGCUAUGACCAUUGGAAAUGCUUCAAAUGCAAGAGUUUCUGGACAACCAUACCAAUCUUCUGCAGCAACGCCUGCACCUUCCAACCCAACCAUUGUUGCCUCCCCAACAGUGCCAGCUUUGCAACUACCAUCUCCUCUAUCAUCUUCUACUCCUUUGAUGCCACUCCUUGAUACCCCUGAAUCCAGCAGCAGUCAUACUAAUCUUGUAAAGCCCUCUGCAUUCUUUGUGCCUCCUUCCUCUUCUGUACAGAUUCUGCCACCUGUCUCUACACCUUUGCCCACUGCACCUCUACUUAACCCUCCUCUGAGUCUUCAGCGUCCAUAUGGUACUCCAUUGCUUCAACCAUUUCCACCACCUAAUCCACCACCAUCUCUCACUCCUGCUUCUGUUCCCAUUCAAAACUAUGGUCCAUCUGUCAGCAGAGAAAAAGUUCGGGAUGCACUUCUGGCUCUUGUUCUGGACAAUCAAUUCAUCGACAUGGUCCACAGAGCACUGCUAAAUGCACAUCAUUCCUGACCACCAAAUUGAAAGCACCGGUAUAAUACCUUAUGCUGUAGCUUCAUUGGUCAAUUUUGCAGGUCCUUUUGGUUUCUUCCCCCUUUUGUUACCUAUGCUAGAAAGUCAAAAACCCAAUUUGUAUAGCAUUUUAUCUUCCUGAAGGGAUUCGGUGGAGGCCAUAUGAUUCAAUAUAGUAAUAUACGUAUAGUAUGAUUCUGAUUCUUAA